UAUCAUCUCCUACAUCUAACCUAAUAUCUAUUGGUUUUGAUGAAUCCGUUGUCAAAGAAUCAAUCUUUAUUCUCUAAUCAUCUGAUUCCCUUAUUGUCUACCAACAAUCCUCUCACACUCACACAGUUAAAGCAAAUCCAAUCACAAAUCCUCACCAAUGGAUGCCUCGAUUCUUCCGAGCUUCUCACCAGUUUCAUCUUUUCAUGUUAUCACUCUCGAAAACCAGAUUACGCGAAGCUCGUUUUGCAUAGUAUUCCGAGACCCGACCCAUUGUUAUGGAAUUCGAUGGUUCGAAUUUCACUUGAAUCCCAGGACUCCAAAGGCUUCUUGGAUUUCUAUCAUGGGCUGAGGUUUUAUGGUUUCUUCCCUAAUAAAAGUACCGCUUCUUUGAUUUUACGUUCAUGUGCUGGUUUUGGGGCGGCCCGGUUAGGGGAAUCGUUUCACUGUCAGAUAGUGAAGAUGGGUUUUCAAUUUGAUGUGAUUCUGCAGACUGGGUUGCUCGAUUUUUACGCCAAGAUUGGGGAUUUAAGGUCUGCUCAGAGGGUGUUUGGUGAAAUGCCUGAGAGAGAUGUCAUUGCAAAUAAUGUUAUGGUUUCGGCCUUGAGUAGGCAUGGGUUUGUUGAUGAGGCAAAGCAGCUGUUUGAUAGUAUGCCUGAGAGGAAUGCUUCGUCGUGGAAUUUGUUGAUCACUUGUUACUGCAAAGCUGGUAAUGUGGAAUUUGCUCGCUCUAUCUUUGAUCAGAAUCCAUCAAAAGAUGUGGUUUCGUGGAAUGCUAUGAUAGAUGGAUAUUGUAAGUCAGGGCAGUUGGUUUAUGCCGAGGAAUUGUUUAUAAAGUUGGGUUCCGCUAGAACUGCUGUGAGUUGGAAUACAAUGAUUGCUGGGUAUGUUCAGUGUAGGGAGUUUUUGAGAGCGAUAAAUGUGUUUCGGGAAAUGCUAGCUGAGAAUGUGCAACCAACUGCAGUGACAAUGAUCAGCUUGCUGUCUGCGUGUGCUCAUAUUGGAGCUUUAGAUAUGGGUGAAUGGGUUCAUGCCUACAUUAAAAAGAAGAGGUUUAAGGUUGAUGUUGUUUUAGGCAAUGCCCUCAUAGACAUGUAUUGCAAAUGUGGAAGGAUAGAAGCAGCUCUUGAUGUUUUUCAUGGCCUCCAUACGAAGAAUAUAUUUUGUUGGAAUUCCAUCAUUGUGGGUCUAGGAAUGUAUGGCUAUGGUAAUGAAGCUAUAGAGGCCUUUAACUCAAUGCAAAUGGAAGGUAUAAAACCUGAUGGGGUUACCUUUCUGGGACUUUUAUGUGCUUGUAGCCAUUCAGGUUUGAUUUCCGAAGGCAGAAGUUAUUUCUCUCAAAUGAAGAGUUUUUAUGGCAUUGAACCUGGAAUUGAACAUUACGGAUCGUUGGUUGACCUUUUGGGUCGAUCAGGGCUUCUUCAAGAAGCACUGGAACUCAUAAGGACCAUGCCUCUGAAGCCAAAUGUCGUUGUUUGGGGAAGCUUGCUCCGGGCAUGUCACGUUCACAAGGAUACCAAACUAGGCGAACAGGUUACUCAGCAUCUUUUGAACUUGGAUCCACAUGAUGGAGCAAACUAUGUGUUCUUGUCCAAUCUUUAUGCCUCUCUAAACCGAUGGAGUGAUGUUGAUAUGUGCCGGAAGUUAAUGAAUGAGAGGGGAGUUUCCAAAACGCCUGGAUGCAGUUCAAUUGAAGUGGAAAAUAUACUACAUGAAUUUGUUGCUGGUGACACUUCACAUCCUCAGUUCCCUGAAAUUAAUGCAUUCCUGGAUAAGAUUGCCAAGGAUCUGCAGGCUAAUGGUUAUGAACCCGAUACAUCUUCGGUGCUGCAUGACAUUGAGGAUGAAGAGAAGGAGAGUAUAGUUAGAUACCACAGCGAGAGAAUUGCUGUUGCUUUUGGUCUGAUGAACACGCCACCUGGAAAAAUAAUCCGGAUUGUUAAGAACCUAAGAACGUGUAAUGAUUGUCAUUCAGCCAUGAAGUUUAUUUCAAAAGUAUACAAGAGAGAGAUAGUCGUGAGAGAUAGGAAUAGGUUUCAUCACUUCAGGGACGGGCAUUGCUCUUGCAAGGACUAUUGGUGAUUAAUCAGGGAGUGUCAUCCUGAAUGCUG